AUGAGGUCUAUUGAAGAGCUGCAUUGCCACACGGUGGCAGAGCUGAGUGCUGCCUGCCGCUCCCUGGGACUGCCGGUUAAGGGCCCUAAGCGAGAUCUCGUUGGACGCCUCGUAGCGUUUGAAAAGACGAGGGGCCCCCUCCCCCCAGAUAUCUUAAGGCGCCGUCCCUACCACCGGCAACGUCCUCAGCAGCAGCAGCAGCAGCAGCAGCAGCAACAGCCUGCGAGUUCUCGCCAAGUCUUCGUGCAUCCCGGAAACCCUGGAGAAGACGCGCCUCCUGCAGACUUCCACCAGAGAGGGAAGCACCACCACUUCCUGCAGUUGCAGCAGCAGCAGCUGCUGCAACAGCAUUACCACCUGCAGCAGCAACUGCAGCAGCAGCAACAACUGCAGCAGCAACUGCAGCAGCACCAGCAGCAGCACCAACUGAGGCCCGGAGGCGGAGGACUCCCAGCUAGCCAUGCAGCUAGCCACGCAGCUAGCCACCCCCACCACCCAGGGCCCCAAAAGCCCCGCAACGCCCUAACAGGCGCACACACGCGGGGAGUUGCAGGAAGCAGCGAUUGCAUUUGCGGAAAUCAGCUCUCUCCGCAGCAGCAGCAGCUGCUGCUGCAGCAGCAGGACCCCCUGAUAAGCUGCUCCAUAUGCAGCACCCAAAGCCACCGCUUGUGCUAUGGCUUGCCGGAUGGCCAGACUGCUGCUUCGCCCGCCUUCGUGUGCGCGCUCUGCCACAUCCGGUUGAUGGAUCCUUUUAAUCCAGUGAUUCGCGUUUUCUUCGUUGGCGCGUCUCAAGACUGCCUUACGUUCUCGCUCGACGCCUCAGAGCUGAAGGCAUGGCGAGCAGCUGCCAAGGAGGUCGUUGUGAGAUGCUGCGAAGCGCUAACGCCAGUGAAUAUCCAAACGUGGCCUAGGACUGCGGAAAUUAUAUCGCAAUACUUGCGGACUGGCGUGAAUCAGAUCGAGCUGCGCACUACCAAUUAUAGUCCAGAGUCGAAGCGGUUCUUCCUUGCAGUUGUUCUUGGAGAGACGAAGGGGCCAGAGGCCUUGCAGGCAGCCAUUGCGGAGCGCCACACGCUGCCGCUUGCAGCGGCCAAAGCAAGGGCGCAGCAGCUGUUGCAAGGCCAGCAGCAGCAGCGGCAGUCGCAGCAGGGAGAGGAAAGCGAGGACGAAGAGGUCCAGUGCCUGGAAGUGGGCAGGCGUCUGAAGCUCCUGUGUCCUAUUACCUUUACCCGAAUCGAGGUGCCAUGCAGGGGCAGACUCUGCAGGCAUUUGCAGUGUUACGAUCUCGAGGGAUUUCUCCAGGUGUCACGGGGCAUGAAGGCCUUCAACAGUCGCUGGCGGUGCCCCCAAUGCCAUCUUGUGGUUCUCCCCCACGAUCUAGUUGUUGACGGAUUCUUUCUGUAUCUCUUGAAGCAGACGGGGGAGGACGACACCGAGGUCGAGCUGCAAGCAGACUUGUCUUUUCGCGUAUUGUCAGACGAAGAGCUCAAGGCGGAAUCCAAGAGAGCGGAGCAGCAGAGGCAGCUGGCGGCCGAGACUCUUCUCAAGCCCAAGGGAGAGGAGACUGAGCCCACCGGAAAAGUUGCCUUUGAAGUCGUUGAGAUGCUGAGCGACAGCGAUACAGAAGCCGCUUCGGAGGCGCCUGCAGAAUCAUCCGCAGCAGCAGCAGCAGGAGAUUCUGUGCCUUCAGUUACCUCUGAGGCUUUUGGCCAGCUUGCAGGUGGCUCCUCGGCCAGUAGCAGUCUCGUAGAGACUUCACACGGAGCUGUGAAGGAGGGGUCUUCUGGCGGUAUGCCUGAAGGCGAUGGCGAUUCUGGCAGAACGCAGGGAGGCUGCAGGUCUGAUGCCGAUGCUGGCAUCUCCAGCACCAUCUUGUACCGUGCCGUCCCUGCCUGCGCAGACGAGGAACCUUCGAAGAAGCGGCAAAGAAGAAGGGCGCCUGAAGGCUUUAGCGAAGAAGCAAAAUCUCGCAGCAGAACUGAAGUGCUGUGCCUCUCUGAUUCCUCGGAUGACGAGCAUCAACGGCAACAGUCUCAGCAGCACAAGACAGCAAUGGAAAGCAUAGCGGACGGAGAUUCUAGAGCAUCCACAGAUCCUAACAGUAGUCCGCUCUCGCCACGGCAGCAACAGCAGCAGCAGCAGCAGUCUUCACAGCAGCUGUCUUCUGAAGGGAACGGGGGUGCAGCUGACGCCCCUAUCGCAUUGGACUCAGACACUGAUGACGAUGAUCAGCAGGCACAGGCGAAAUUGCGAGAGGCUUCUACCCCUGAAGGGAAAUUGUUAGAGGCCUUUGCAGGGUCCAUGUCUUCAGUAGUAGGGAGUGAAGGAGCUGCCGCAUGCAGCCACAUCAGUAGCAGCAACACCAUCGGUGGAAGAAGCGCAUUCCCAGACGGCGGUUGUCAAUGGCAGGCGGGUGCACCUACGGACGGCCUUGCAGAAAGGGAUAUUUCUGGUCCUGACGCAGAUUCCCCAGCUGCAGCAGCGGAUAAUGAGGCAGCCGACGCUUCAGAAGCAGCCGCCUUGCUUGAAGAGAUCGAUUGGGUUGCAGCCUCUCAAGUUUCCAUUGCAGGUGUUGGUGCGCCUCUCACCUCCACUCAGCUACCUACUGCUGAUGCACUUGUAGGUGCUCCUACAGUAGCUGCUCCUACAGUAGGUGUUCCUGCAGUAGCUGCUUCUGCAGUAGCUGCUUCUGCACUAGAUGCUCCUACAGUAGGUGCUCCUGCAGUAGCUGCUUCUGCACUAGAUGCUCCUACAGUAGGUGCUCCUGCAGUAGGUGAUCUUGCAGUAGGUGAUCUUGCAGCAGGUGCUCCUGCAGUAGGUGAUCUUGCAGUAGCUGCAACUGCAGUAGCUGCUUCUGCAGUAGGUGGCGGUGUAGCGCUGCCGGGUGCUAGAGCAGCCAGCGAAGCAGCUGCUUGUACUGCCGCCCCUGCUGGCUCUUCACCACUUCCAUCAGCAGUAGACAGUGCUGAGACGGCUGCUGCUUCUUCUUCGUAUGGCUUCGCGGCAGCAAACAACGGAACUUUUGCUGCGGCAACAACGGCAGGCGAUAGACCCGCAGAUGGAGCUUUUGCUUUUGCAGCAUAA